AUGAAGCGCAAUGUUUUUAAAGCUGCAAUGUGCUGCGAUGCACGCAUGCUCGCCAGCAAUCGAUUGGCUACCACUCAAGCCGUCAGACUUCUGUCUUCGAGCCCUAGGCUUUUGGAUGAUACGACGCACUUCGGAUCUAAGACGGUGCUGAAGAACGAGAAGGAAAAGCUCGUCGGAGGUGUGUUCUCAAGCGUCGCAGCAAAAUACGACAUCAUGAACGAUGUUAUGUCGCUAGGCAUCCACAGGUUGUGGAAGGACCACUUCAUCAAUAAGCUAGAUGCUGGCAAAAGACCUAACUCGAAGGAACCUCUACACUUCAUUGACGUGGCAGGUGGUUCCGGCGACAUUGCGUUCGGACUGCUCGAUCACGCAGAGACCAAAUUCCACGACAAGGAGUCAACCAUGCAUGUGGUGGACAUCAAUCCUGAUAUGCUUAAAGAGGGUGAAAAAAGGGCAAUGAAUCAGGGCAAAUAUUUCAACGACCCCAGGGUCAAAUUUUUGGUCCAAAACGGCGAAACGUUAGACCAGAUAGAAUCCAAUUCCAAAGACGUUUACACCGUUUCAUUUGGUAUCAGAAAUUUUACUGAUAUUCAGGCGGGUCUAAAUACUGCGUAUCGUGUGUUGAAACCCGGCGGAAUCUUUUUUUGUUUGGAGUUUUCAAAGGUCGACAAUGCCAUCGUCGAUACCAUUUACCAACAGUGGUCCAAAGUGCUGCCCGUGAUGGGUUCGAUAGUGGCUAACGACUAUGAUUCUUACGAAUACUUGGUCGAAUCUAUCCAAAGGUUCCCUGAGCCUGACCAAUUUCAAGCAAUGAUCGAAAAAGCUGGCUUUGAGUCGGCUGGGUAUGAAAGGCUAAGUUUCGGGGUAUGCGCCAUUCACUGGGGCAUCAAGGUCUGA